GAGCAAAGUUCUCAACCUUCGUGUAACAUCUUAAUCCUCUACUAUAUUUGAUCGUCAGCUUCUAGAAUACGCUUUAUAAUCAACUUUUUAUAUCAAGCUGAUAAUCGCGAUAUCUCAAUAUUAUGAUCAGCUAAGUGUGAUGUCACUUCAACAGUUCGCCUGACUAUCCGUAUUUCAGUGCGGGCGCCCUGGCUCUUGAGUAAUCAUUCUUACGACUUCGGACUGUUGCUAGCAGGUCUUCUUUAUACCUCGGACAAUUAACUAUCAUCUUAGUAUUUUAACCUUUGAGAAGUUUGAGAGAAUGACAUAAUCAUGACGUCAGAGUGAUAGCUUGGGAUGUCUGAAAUGCGAGAUCGGUCCGUUUUUAUGUUAGACAGUCGAACCCCGUUGGUGGAGAACAUUGGAUUUGCUCUGCAUUCGAUAAGAGCCAGUACUAUGAGGAGUUUUGUAACAACUAUCAGGAGAUGUUUUCUCCUUCUAUUUAUUUCCCUAUUAGGAAUUGCCACUUCAGCUGUUCGUUAUGACAACUAUAAAGUCGUCCGUAUUUCACCACAGACCGAAGAAGAUCUCUUAUGGGUUAAAACAUUAGCAGACGUAUGGGAGAACAGGGUUGAUAUAUGGAAGCACCCUCGAUUGGUCGAUAUUCCUGUUGACGUCAUGGUAGCCCCUCACUGGCAGACUGAGUUCUUCGACAUCCUCAAUGAUCAGGGCAUUGGAUACACAGAAAUGAUCGGUGAUGUCCAAGAGCUUGUAAAGGCGGAAGCAGAGGCAGUUUCCAGAAGAAAACGAAGCACUAAAAUCAAAAUUGAAAAUGAUGAGUUUGAUUACUCAGUCUAUCAUACGCUGGAAGAUAUUUAUAAAUGGAUAACGGAUACAGCGAAUGAACAUUACACGAUAGCGACCCAGGAGCAACUUUCAACAUCACAUGAAGGGCGUCCAGUUACAGCUAUAAAGAUCGGCUCACCCGGUAACCAAGACAACAAGCCUAUAGCCUACAUCCAAGGUGGUAUCCAUGCUCGAGAAUGGAUUAGUCCUGCUACCAUGAUGGGACUUGCCAAGAAGCUUAUCGAUGGAUACACGACGAGUGAUAAGGUGAAAGCAAUGUUGGAUAAAUUUGAUUGGUAUAUUGUUCCUGUUUUGAACCCCGAUGGAUACUUAUACACAUGGACAAAUGAUCGGAUGUGGCGUAAAAACAGGCGCAAACCAGAUGGGAAUGUUUGUACAGGAAUAGACCUCAACAGAAAUUAUGGAUAUGAAUGGGGAGGUCGGGGAGCAAGUUCAGCAAGCUGCAGCGAGACCUACAGGGGUCCCGGACCACUCUCCGAACCAGAACAUCAAGGUGUAUCAAGCUUCCUCCUGGAGAAGCAGAGAACAAAUGGUGUCCAUCUCUUCUUGGAUGUCCACAGCUACGGGCAGUAUUGGCUUUACCCCUGGGGUUACACGGCUUCCAAAGCUGACCCCCUCCCAGACAGACGCGAUCUGAGAUCUCUUGCAUUGGCUGCCGAAGAUGCUAUUACGGCUAAACAUGGAUUGGAUUAUUUUGUUGGACAAUCAGGACCUGAUUUCUAUCCAGCAGCUGGUGCAAGUGAGGAUUGGGGGUACGGCGAGCUCGGAGCCAAGUACACAUACGUGAUCGAACUCAGGGACGAGGGCAAAUAUGGCUUCCUGCUCCCCGAAAGGGAGAUUCAAUUCACUGUUGAAGAGAUGUUCGAAGCUCUUCUAGUUGUCGGCGAUCGUCUCAUCUCUGAGUUUGCAUCAUGAUCGUCGUCAUACUCCAUCUCAUUUUAGCACAAUCUCAGUGAACGUGGUGCAAUCAGGGAGUGGGGAUAUCGGUACUUUUUGAAAAAUUAUUUCAAGAGCAGGGUGCCUUCUUAAUGGUCAUUUCAGCAAAAAAAAGGGGUCUGAAAAAGUAACACUCCUGUCUAUCCAAUGUAAAGACAAAAUUGGUUUAAAUAUCUAGGGUCUUCAUUUUUAUUUCAUUUAUUUUUUUUAAUCAAUUUAUUUCAUUUUUUUUACAAAGAGAGUGAUUUCAAUUUGAAAAAUACUUAAAGGGAAAUUAUGUGCAUUGUUAAUCAAUAUGGGGAAAAAAAACAAUAAAUGUGAAUGUCCUUCCAAAAACAAUUUUAAUGACUAUCUCUAUACUGUUUUACAGUCCUUCUUCCAUUGUUCCACGGUCCUGCGUUGAUUGUUAACCUUCUUUGGUUUUGAUUUAAUUCUAGUAACACUUGGGCCUACAUAGUAAUGAGUACUGUGAGCGAGAAAAAACAAUAUUUGUGUCUAAUAGUAUAAUAAUUUUCCAUUACAAUACACAAAGCCUAUCAAUAUACUGUUGUUUGCCAAUCUCUCUCUCCUUCCCUUUCUCUAUCUUCUUUUCCCUUUCUUUAUUUGCAUCUCCUUAUUUUGUUUCUUUUCCUUUCUUGAACAAAUAUUUCAAUACUCCUUGCUAUCCUGUUUUAUCUUUCUGUUCAUUUAUAUUUUUGUCUCAUCCCUUCAACUUCAAAACGUAGCCACAACAUAAAUGCAAUAUAUUUAAAUUACCACUGUGCGCUAUACUCCCAUUAUCAUAAAUGAUGUACAUGUAUGAUGAACUGGAUGUUUUUUUUCCCUUCAUAUUUCAUGUAUCUUAAUCAUGAAGAAAAUCUCUUCAAAUGAAAAUAAAUGAAACAUAGGAGUAAUGUAAAAUAUUGUGCACAAAAUAUGAUAUUUUGUGCACGAUUCAUUGAAUUUUUACCACUAAACUUGCUAUACUGAAGCAUCAUUCUUUUCAUCAAAAUUGUCCCCCUACCUUUAGAAAUAUAAUUAAAAAACAUUUUAAAAAAGGAGCUCCAGAGCACUUCACAAACAGCUAAAGAUUAUUUCGUCACAUUCAUUUUUCUCUUUGUUGAUUUUAAUAUGUUCACAAUUCAUAUUUUUGUUGUAACCAUAAAUACAGCACAUACUAGUAGUGGUCAAAGCACUGUUUACUGGUAGUUAUAGUGACUUUCACUUCAUUAGUGUCAUUAUUCUAUACCGUUUAUCAUACUGCCUCAUAAUCAUCAGGUUGAGACUAUUUCAAUUCAUGUAUAUGACAUAAGAUACAAUACACUCAUUUUACAUUUCUACAGUAUAUUUUGUAAGCCUGCUUUUUUUUAAUAGAUAUUGUAUUAACUACAAAUCUAUUUCUGAAAAGUUUUUGCUUUAAAUUAAUCAAAGUAUCAAAAUUGCACAUAUUUAACAAACAAAAGUGCUUUCUAUUUAAAUAAUCCUAUCUAUUUGUUCUUUUUUUAAUCAAAUUUAUUCAUUCAAAUUUUAAAAUGUUUUUUUUUAUCAUUCUGCAAGGAUUCCAAAAUAUACCUCAUUUUCAAAUCAUUAAGAUAAUUAGAUCUUGGUGAGAAAAUAUGCAUUUACAAUUAUUCAUUUUUAAAUCGAUUCAACUAAAUUCACUAAAAUUCUGAUAGUUUCACAAUUAAAACACAAGUAGCAUUUCUUUUAUUCAGAGGAUUAUAACUAGGAGAAUAUUCACAUUUUAAAAAAAAUGUUUUUUUCUAAAAAUGAAUUCAACAAUUUAAAGUUAAUUUCAAAUGUGUCAGUACAUUAACCAUAUUUUCUCUCUUCAAUUUUGUUUUUCUUCAAAUUUAUGUUUCAGUUUCUUAUACGGUACUUUCAUUAUCAUUCCAUUUAACAUAAUUUGUUUUUGUUUCAGUUCAUUUGAAUAUUUACCUUUCAUUCAUAAUAUAAUGUAGAUAGUCAGCAUGAGGCAUUGGGGCAAUUCGUGGAUGUUACAGAAGUCCACUGAACAACAAUCUUUGAAUCUGACAAGAAUUAGAUUCAAUAGAAUAUUGAUAUAAAUUAUCAAGAAAAAAAUAAUUAUUACACAUAUUGUGUGUGUUCCUUUCCCAACAUACAGAAAUUUAUUCUGUUUUGGAAGUGCCAAAUAAGAUACUUUGUAGUAACAUUGUUUUGGUAGGAUUCAAUCAAUAUUUUUAGGUUGUACAUUUUAUCAACAAAUACUCAUAUGUUUACCACAAGAGAUAAACAAAAUUAUAUAUCACUGAGAUUGAAGAAGACCAUUGAUAAUGAUAGUAUGAGAUUAAGUGAGACAGUAUCACUACUGACGUUAUGAGUGACAUUAUGUAUGACUCAUAUAUAUUUGACAGUAUUUUAUAAAAUUCCAAUUGUGAAAAAAUAGUAUACAUGGUAGUAACAAGGAAAGUUAUUCUAAAAAAAGCAUCAGCAGAUUUAACUUUAACUUUAUAUGUGAUUGAAACAGAUUCAUCACACUUGAAUUGCCAUAUAUCAAUUACCAUAUCAAAUUGCAACUGAUAUUCUAUUAUAACUCUUUGUUUUAUGAUGUCUGGAUGUUCAUAAAGUUUUACUUUAUGAAUAUUUUUACAAAAAUAUUAAAGGGUAUGUUGUAAUGACUAACCUGAUAUCUAUAUGUUGUCUAUUCCUUUCCAUGAUGUAACACAAAAUGAGCUCAACAAGAUGGUGCUGUGUGUUGUCAAUCUGAGUUUAUUAAACAUAUUAAUCAAGCAGGUUUUACUAUCAGCAAUAAAGUUGAAAAUUUGGAUGUACUAUCUCAUCAUAUCAUCAGAUUCUGAUGAAAUUCAUUAUGUCUUUGCCAAAUGAUUCAAAUUUCAAUUGUCUAUGAUUGUCAUUGAAUUUGAUUGUUCAUGUAAAAAAAAACCAAGAUGAAAUAAAUUUCUAUAAAAACAGAUAA